AGGUUAUAAAAUUUGACGUUUCUUGUUUCUUGUUUGUUUUAUAAACUUGUAUUUAUGUUAUUUUUAAUGAUUUCAUAACUAUUUACAUAAAAUGAAUUGACUCUGCACAAGCACAAUUUAUUAUGUUAGCUGUUCAUCGCGAUGUACUUAACAUUGUACAGGCAAAAUUUUUGUCUGCGGAGGUUGUUAGAAGUAUUCACCUAAACGUGUCUGCAAUUGAUGGAAGACGGUGUGAUGAGAACAGGAUCCUAGCUUUAGUAGAAUACAAUAACUCAUUUGCUUUAUUUAUUUUGAUAUCAUCAAAAAUCAAGCCUCUCAGUAUUUCAGACCUUUCCAUAGAAACUGUAAUUCCAAUUGAUGAGUACUUCUCAUGUGAUACGGAACCUAUAGAAGGUAGCCAAUUCCAUAUUAUAUUCAUUAUCACAUAUAAAAAGAUCGUGCGUGCAUUUAAAAUUGAAAUUGGCUUAGAAAGUUCAAAUUUUGCUUCUGAAGUCAUACGCUCAAAGGAAGUUUCUCUUUACAACAAACCCAUUUUUGUGUGGUUGGACAAAUAUAUCGGCACCAUGAGUGAACCAAGCCAUACUUCAGACUUAGGACAGACCGAUACCCCAAUUAUUAGGCAGCACAUUGCUCAAGGACCCUCUGGGAUAAAUCGUGAUUCUAUGUUGAAGUACCAGCUCAAAUUGAAGGAACCAGAGUUCACACAAAAACAAGAGUUCAGUAUAUUUGUGGGUACAUGGAAUGUGAAUGGACAGCCUCCCUCUAUAUCACUACGUCCUUGGUUGAGUUGUGAUGAAAACCCACCAGAUCUGUAUGCAGUGGGGUUUCAGGAGAUUGAUUUGAGUAAAGAAGCAUUUUUGUUCAAUGAUACACCUAGAGAAGCUGAGUGGUAUAAAUAUGUAAUGGAAGGGGUUCAUCCAAAAGCCAAAUAUAAACUUGUAGGCUUAGCUAGACUUGUGGGCAUGCAGUUGGUAGUGAUGGUGAAUAGUCAACAUUACCCCUAUGUCAAGAAUAUAUCAGUGGAUACAAUUGGCACAGGGUUAUUAGGUAAAAUGGGAAAUAAAGGAGGAGUAGGUGUAAGAAUGGAACUCCACAAUACUUCCUUAUGUUUUGUAAAUUCCCAUCUUGCUGCUCAUGUGGAUGAAUAUGAAAGAAGAAAUCAGGACUAUAAGGAUAUCAAUGCAAGAAUGAACUUCAAGAGAACACCACAAGCUAUCAAAGAUCAUGAACAGGUAUAUUGGUUAGGAGAUUUGAACUAUAGGAUAACAGACCUGACCACUACUCAGGUAAAGACUUUGCUGAACAGGCAUGAGUUGCCAACUCUCUUGAGGGCUGAUCAGCUGAACCAACAGAAAGAGAGAGGAAAUGUACUAUUAGAUUAUGAGGAAGGUGACAUAAAAUUCCAGCCAACAUACAAAUACGAUUUGAACACCGAUACGUUUGAUACAAGUGAAAAGGCCAGACCUCCAGCUUGGACUGACAGAAUUUUGUGGAGAGGCAAAGGCGUGUACCAAGUGGCGUACCGCAGCCACAUGGACCUGCGCCUCAGCGACCACAAGCCGGUGAGUGCGCUCUUCAAGUCGGAGAUCAGCGUGGUAGAUCCGUCCAAGUACCGGCGGGUGCACGAGGAGCUGCUCAAGAAGAUGGACAAGUACGAGAACGAGUACUUGCCGCAGGUGACGGUCGACCAGACGGAGGUGGUCUUCGAGCUGGUCAAGUUCCGGGAGCGGCAGACCAGGGAGAUCACGAUAGCCAAUACGGGGAUGGUGCCAGCUGAAUUUGAAUUUAUAAAGAAACUAGAUGAAAACAGUUAUUGCAAAGACUGGCUUAGAAUCAUUCCAUAUUGUGGAAGCAUCAAUCCAGGGGAAAAAUGUGAUGUUAAACUUGAGGUGUGUCUCGAGACCGAUUUAACAAAGAUUUACGAUAUUCUAGUGUUGCAUUUGAAAGGAGGCAAAGAUAUGUUCAUUAUCAUCAAUGGCGAUUGUCAAAAAUCCUCUUUCACCACUUCCAUAUCAACACUUUGCAGGAUAUCUGUGCCAAUAAUGCAGGUGACAGAUGAACAGUGGCGAUUGGCACUGAAGGAUGUUAGUGAAUCUAGUGUUUUAUACUCGGUGCCAAGAGAACUAUGGCUCAUCAUCGAUCAUUUAUACCGGCAUGGUUUGAAAACUAGAGACCUCUUCGAAUCCAGCGCAUUGCAUGAGGAAAUCAUCAGGAUAAGGGAUUGGUUGGAUUUUGGCUCUCUCGAUCCUUUACCUGGAAAUGUCCAGGCAGUUGCAGAAACUCUUCUCUUAUUCUUGUCCUUUACCAAAGACCCUGUGAUACCUUACGACGUCCAUGACGCUUGCAUUGCCGCUGCUAGUAAUUUCCAGAAUUGUCGACAGAUCGUUCUCCAGAAAGUAUCAGACCUUCACCGCAACGUCUUCUUGUACAUCUGCAUGUUCCUGCAGGAAAUCCUCAAGUAUUCCAAUGACAACGGCUACGAUGCCAAAACGCUUGCCUCCUUGUUCGGGGACAUCCUGCUCCGAGACCAAAUCAGGAAUUCCAAACCGCAAGCCAGCAGGGGAAAGUCGAAUUUCGUCUAUAAUUUCCUCGUCAAUGACAUGAGCUCUUCUAUCAUGCCACACAAGUAGAUUUUCAAGUUGAAUGUUUGCGGUGAUUACGAAAAGCUAGGUUCUUUUUUUUUGUUCACCCUAUAAGGUAAUCAGGAUGAACAGAAGAUGGUGUAGAAACUCCCUAUCAAAUCCCAUCUACUGUUUUUCGGUCAAAGUUC